AUGCCAAAAUACAUCCGUACGUCAGACGAGAUUAGCGCCGGUACCCUUGGCCGCAUGCUCAAAGAAGGUAUCUCAGAGGUUGUCCUAACUGUUUACAAACUGGAACUCUUUCCUAACAUUAAUAAGCGCAGGCACCAGCCAACCAGUGUACACAAGGAUGCGGCCUCACAACCAACAGCUAGAAGUGAGGGGCCACAUGCUCGAUCGGGUCGCCAGGAUAAGUAUGGUUGGCAUGGCCUGAACUAUGAUCCUGGAGACUGGCUUGAAGAAACGCGUUGA